GUGACAAAAAUCUGGCAAUGUAUUGUUCAACGUAGCGAGAUUCAGCGAGAGUUUAUUCAAGACGGCAUUUAUCUCAUUUCCACUAAAUAUACCGCCAGCAGAUACAAACGAUUAUUAAAUUAUUAUUAAAAUGACUUCGUUUAGGACUACAGACUCUAAACGAGAAGAAUUUAGAAAAUAUCUGGAAAAGACCGGAGUCCUAGACUGUAUUACUAAAGUCCUGGUAGUGUUGUAUGAAGAACCAGAGAAACCUAACAAUGCUAUGGAUUUCUUGCGACAAAAUUUGAAUGCCACUGGACCUGAGACAGCAGACGUUGAGGCUCUGAAGCUUGAGGUCACUGAACUCAGGCAGAAAUGUGAACAGUUGCAAGAAGAAAACAAUGACCUCAAAGCACGGCUUCAGCAGCUGGAACCAGCGACUGAGCCAGAGAUUCCAGAAAACUGAACCAGAGAAAACAGCCAAGCAUCCUACUUUAUUGAAAGCCUUACUGGCAGCCACCUCAUUUGUUGUUUAAAUAUAGCUCUACUCAGUAUUUACUUGGAUUCUAAUUCUUUAAAGGGUGAUGGAUGAUAUGCUGGAAAUUUCCUGCAAUUCAAAUUGUCUCAAUAAACUGGAACACAAUC